AAAUAUAGGAUAGUUUUACUGUAAUAAUAAAUAAUAUAAAAAAUGAAAAUAAAAAAUAACGUCAAAAUAGUCUUUUUUACAUAUUUGCAAAUCCUCUACUGUGGAUAAAACAGUUAUAUCGUGCAGAAAAGAUAUUCGCUAAUAUGCCGGAAAUACGUCGCAGAAAUAUGCAUUGCGAUUGGCCGUAAUUGUAAAAAAAAAAAAUGGCGUCUAACUUAGUUAAUUCCUGGGCGGGAGAAUUUAAAAUGUACUACAUUGAUGUGUGAAAAAAAUUUUUCAUAAAUAUUAAAUAAUAUUUUUAUUUAAUUUAUUCAAAGACGUGAUAAAUUUAAUUAAAUUUAAUUUAUAUUUAAGCUUGGAGGAAUUUUUUAAUAAUUAAAUUAAUUCAAUUAUAAAAGAGAAAUUGAUCGGUGAGUGUUGAAUUCACACGGUAUAAAACAAAAUGGCGACGAGUAAUGAAGUGCCGGGAGGCAUCACAGAGAACAAUUCAAUAUCCGUUAAAAAUUCCACAUCAAAAAUGGAAUCAAUGGAAGUUGGUGAGCCAGCAACAAUUAAAGAUCAAAAUAAUGUGGCCGAAAACAAUGCCACAAAUUCAACAAAUGAAGAAGAUGCAUCGAACAAAAAGAUUUCUGUUGACGAAAUGACGUCACGGGAUUAUUAUUUUGAUUCUUAUGCACACUACGCAAUCCAUGAAGAAAUGUUAAAAGAUGAAGUGAGAACAGUUACUUACCGCAAUUCAAUGUAUCACAACAAACAUUUAUUUAAAGGAAAAACUGUACUCGAUAUUGGCUGUGGAACAGGAAUUUUAUCAAUGUUUGCUGCAAAAGCUGGAGCGGCUAAAGUUAUCGGAAUUGAGUGCUCUAAUAUUGUUGAACAUGCUGAAAAAAUAGUAGAAGCUAAUCAUUUAUCACACAUAAUCACAAUAGUUAAAGGUAAAGUUGAGGAAAUAGUGUUACCUGAUGGGAUUGAAAAAGUUGAUAUUAUCAUAUCUGAAUGGAUGGGUUAUUGCCUUUUCUAUGAAUCAAUGUUGGAUACUGUUCUAUUUGCUCGGGAUAAAUGGCUUAAACCCGAUGGAAUGCUUUUCCCAGACAAAGCAACGCUAUUCAUUUGUGGAAUUGAAGAUCGUCAAUACAAAGACGAAAAAAUCAAUUGGUGGGAUGAUGUGUAUGGCUUCGAUAUGAGUAGUAUUCGUCAGGUAGCGAUAAGCGAACCUCUCGUGGAUGUUGUUGAUCCGAAACAAGUAGUUACAAACUCUUGUCUCAUAAAGGAAGUUGAUCUCUAUACUGUAACAAAGGCUGAUCUAGAUUUUUCAUCGCCAUUUACUCUUCAAGUAAGACGUAAUGAUUAUGUUCAAGCUCUAGUGACAUUCUUUAACAUUGAAUUCACCAAGUGCCACAAACGCGUAGGCUUCAGUACAGCACCAGAAGGCCAAUACACACAUUGGAAGCAGACUGUAUUUUAUUUCGACUCGUACAUGACUGUCAAAAAAGGGGAAGAAAUAUAUGGAGUGUUUUCCAUGAAACCAAACGCAAGAAAUUAUCGAGAUCUGGAUUUUAGUAUUCAAUUGGAUUUCAAAGGAGAGCUGUGCCAAAUAAAUGAAACGAAUACUUAUCGUAUGCGCUGAUAACAGUUAUAAUGAAAAGCUAAUGUGUCCUUAUACUCACUGUAUCAUCUUGUCAUAGAAUCAAACGUUUUUAGCCGGAUUUAGAAUGACAGGAAAACAAACAGAAGUGAUCAUCAGUUCACGUUCCAGUCACAUCAAUUCUUUGAAUAAUUAUCGACUUCUUCCUUCAAUAUGAUGAACUGUUUUAAUUAAUAAACAUUUCUUGGGAAAACUCGAAGGAAA